AUGGCAAAACAGGAAACAAUAGUUCACUGGUUCCGCAAAGGAUUGCGAGUCCACGAUAAUCCCGCUCUUUCCAUAGCAAUCGAUAAAGUGAGGCAAAGCCCACACAAAUAUUGUUUACGACCGAUAUUCGUGUUGGAUCCGCAAAUACGGAAAUGGCUACGCGUGGGACCUAACCGAUGGCGAUUUCUCCAACAAACGCUGUGCAAUUUGGACGAAAACUUAAGAUCACUCAACUCUCGAUUGUACGUCGUUCGAGGGAAUCCAGUGGAGCUGUUUCCCCGGCUUUUUGACCGGUGGAACGUAUCGAUGCUGACCUACGAACUCGAUAUUGAACCCUACGCCGUAAAGCGUGAUAAAACCGUCCAAGAGCAAGCUAAGCAAUUCAACGUGACGAUUCACUUCGAAAAAACUCAUAUCAUUUUCGAUCCAGACAUGAUUGUCAAGCGAAACGGAGGAAAGCCUCCACUAACGUACCAAAAGUAUGGCACGCUUGCUUCAGCAUGUAAAAUACCGAUUCCUGUAUCAGUACCUCACAAGCUGCCCACUGAAGGAGUAGAACCGGAAGCAGAUACGCAGGAACGCAAAUGCGCUUCAUGUUACGAUCCACCAACGCUGCAGGAACUGGGUGUAGAUGAGUGCUUACUGGAAGAGUGUAAAUUUCCAGGCGGAGAAACAGAAGCUCUCCGCAGAAUGGAAGAGUGCUUAAAACGAAAGGCGUGGAUUUGUAGCUUUGAGAAGCCGAAUACUUCUCCCAAUUCACUGGAACCGUCGACCACCGUACUGAGCCCGUAUCUAAAGUUCGGUUGCCUUAGCGCCCGCCUAUUCUAUAGUCGGCUUCAGGACACUAUCAGAGGGCAGAAGCACUCGCAACCUCCCGUGUCGUUAAUUGGCCAGAUGAUGUGGCGCGAAUUUUACUACUGUGUUGGGGCCGUCACCCCAAACUACGAUAAAAUGGUUGGAAAUAGCAUCUGCCUACAGGUAGAUUGGGACACAAACGAAGCCUAUCUAGAGGCGUGGACCCACGGCAGAACGGGAUAUCCUUUCAUAGAUGCCAUCAUGCGGCAGUUACGGCAGGAAGGAUGGAUACACCAUCUUGCUCGACACGCAGUGGCCUGCUUUCUGACCCGCGGAGACCUAUGGAUAUCGUGGGAAGAGGGUCAGGCCGUAUUCGAAGAGCUGCUGCUUGACGCCGAUUGGGCACUGAACGCCGGCAACUGGAUGUGGCUUUCCGCGUCCGCUUUUUUCCAUCAGUACUUCCGCGUGUACAGCCCGGUUGCGUUCGGCAAGAAGACAGAUCCGGAGGGAAAGUACAUAAAAAAAUACGUUCCAGAGCUGGCACGGUUUCCUGCCGGUAUCAUCUACGAACCAUGGAAGGCGAGUCUGGAGACCCAGAAAAAGUUGGGGUGCGUAAUCGGGAAGGAUUAUCCAAAGCGGAUCGUGGUGCAUGAGGAAAUUUCCAAAACCAACAUCCAGCGCAUGACGGCUGCGUAUCGAAGGGGCAAAGCUCUUAAGGAAGUUGGCCAUUCGGACACAAGUGUAAGUGACGGUGCACAGCCGAGUUCAAGUAAAGCAGUUGGCAAGCGGCCCGGUUCGGGGGUUUCCAGCAAAACAAAACCUUCACCCAAAAAGCAAAAACUUGAAAAUACGAUCAUGAGGUUUCUCACCAAGAAGUAACUAACUUGUAACUAGUUUGUGGUCAAACCAUGACUUAAACUUGUCUCAGCAGUUAAACGAUCGCAGAAUUACUGUCACUGUAAUAGGUACACAAUAUUUAUUCUGAAUUUGAUAACAUCUAUUAAAUACAUAUCUCUCUUUGGUUGUUGUAUAAAUACUUAUACAUUAUGGUUCCUGCCUUACUUUUGAUGAUUAUCGUUUCUUCCUCCUUUUGAUAGUCCGCUUUACAGUGUUACAUAUAAAUCUGAUGUAUAUCUGAUAUAUUUUGUCCUUCAGAAGGCGUAAAAGUAGCAUCUGACACUAACUGGCCAGGCCAUGCUUAGGAUAUAAUUGGGGUUCAUAAAUCUUUGUAGAUACAGCCUAUUAACAUGGUAAGACUGGAGCUUUCCCUCUCCCUGUCUGGUGGGAUAACACUAUACAAAGGAAACCUAAGGUACUUGUAAUAUGUAAAAUGUAAACUCGCUGGACGUUGCAAAUUCAGUUCACUAUUACUUCAGUGUUGAACCAACUUUUUGAAUUAUUAUCUUAAUCAACGAACGAAUUGUAAAUCAGCGAACGAAUUGUUUGCCUCGAAGU